GCGAUAGCACAUCACUAGCGUUGGUUUUUGUUGCAUACAAGAGACGGAUGGGCUUCCGUAAAAUAUAAAAGAAUACAAGUUAUUUAGACUUUAGUUCAAUGUAUUUAAUCAAUUCAAGCGCUUCUUUUCUUAUACGUUGUGCUAGUUUUGAUAUCUUUACGGUCGUGUGUGAUGGGUGCUCAGUGAAAGUGAAGCUGCAGGCCUUACCAUAUCCAUGUCCGCGGCAGCCGCAGCAACAACAAAAGCCAAACGAAAGAAAAGUGAAAUUUGAGCAAAAGGAAUAGCGCAUGCUAGUCUAGAAAUAACAAAGCAAUGGAAAAUUUGAAAAUUAGCGACAAGCUAUUCGAGGAUGUGAUCUAUUAUGUGCUCGGCAGCCUUGAUGAUGAGAGUGAGCGCUUGCUUAAGAACGGCGGCGCACAAUCGAAGCUUUUCCUCUCCGACCAAAUCACGCAUUUGAUAUGUGCCAGCAACUACUCCGAAGAGGAGCUGUCCAUGAAUCUGGACCUUUACAAUGUGAUACCUGUGAUUGAGCAAUGGAUAUUGCACAGCGUCAAACUAGGUCGCAUGGCCUCGACGCGUGCUUUCGAUCCCAGCCAGCCGCGUUUCUUGCGCGGUAUACGGGCAGCCAUUACGAACGUGGUGCCCAGCGAUCGGAGGCGUCUCUAUGCCAUGCUGACCUUCCACGGAGCCGUUGUCACCAACACAUAUGGGGCGACCAAUACGCAUCUGGUAUGCGGCGCCGCCACUGGGACCAUUUAUAAUAAAGCGCUGGCGCUGCCCAAAAAUGCGAUGAAUAUCGUUACACCCGAUUGGGUCACUGAUUGCAUCAAAUGUAACAGCUGCCUGCCCUGCGAGCCCUACCAUCCCAGAUUGCUGAAACCAAUCGAGAAGCAACGUGCGCAGAAGCAGCAGCAGCAGCAGCAGCAGCAAAAUCUACAGCUACAGCAGCAACAACAACAGCAGCAGCAGCAAUUACAACAGCAAUUAGCACAGCAGCAGCAACAACAACAACAGCAACAUUUGGCUCAGCAAUUACCACAACAACAGCAGCAACAACAACCGCCCACAGCAGCUUCUCAGCUCUCUGAUAUACUGGGCUUCGGCGAUGACAGCGCUGCCAAGAGCAUAGCCAGCAUUAAGUCCCAAUUGCAGGCAUCGGCAGAGCGCGCCGCAGCCGAGCAACAACAACUACAACAGCAGCAGCAACAACAACAACAACAACAAUUGCCACAGCCAGCGCAGCAGCAGGUUGUUUUUGUGCGGCCACGCAAUCUGCAGCAGCAGCAACAAUUGCAACAGCAAUUGCAGCAGCAGAGCGCACCACAAGCGCCACCGCCACCUCCGCCGCCCAAUCAACAGCAGCAACAGCAAAUCAUAAUACAACAACAAAAAAUCAUACCAGCCAACCUACAGCAACAUCAGCAGCAACAACAGAUCAAGCACAUCUUGCAGCAGCAGAGGCAAAUGAAGAGUACACAGCAGCAGCAGCAACAACAGCAGCAGCAGCAGCAACAACAGCAAAUGCAGCUGAUGCAGCAACAGGACCAGCAGCAGCAAAUUAUGCUUCAGCAACAGCAACAACAACAACAGGCACAACAACAACAACAGCCACGUCUGCCUACCACGCCAACCAUGACCCAACCAUCCAUGCCCAGUGGACGCCAAACUCCGCGCACGCCGCAGCCUGCAACAACACCGCAGCCCGUGCAGUCGCCGCAGCAACAGGUGUCACAACAGCAACAGGUACCUCAACAGCAGCAACAGCAACAAUCGGUGCCCGUCUCGCCGCAAGCUCUGCAUCAGCACAUCAUGAAACAGCAGCAGAUGCUACAGCAGCAACAAAUGCAACUGCAUCAACAGGUUCAAAAUGGCCAAAGCCUGACAUCACAGCAACAGGCGCUGCAACGGCAAAUACAGCAGCAGCAACAGCAACUGUUGCAGCAGCAGCAACAGCUGCAAAUACAAAUGCAGCAAAUGCAACAGCAACAACAACAACAGCAGCAGCCACAGCAGCAGCAAUCACCACGCUUGGUCCAAAAUCGUUCGCCGGUCAUGCCACCCGGCACACCGUCACCUUCGCUCCAGCAGCAACAGCACUUGAGCAACAUGUUGCCGCCUCAGUCGCCGCGACAACUACAGUCGCCCGCGCCACAAAUGACUCCGCCACCGCCACCCUCGCCACAAAGUGCGCAGCAGCAUUUGCGUCAGCAACAGCAACAAUUGCAACAGAGUCGCCAGCAGCAGCAACCACACAUGAUGGGAAGUCCGCAGCAACAGCCGACGCCAACAUCCAUAAUGUCGCCACAGCAGCAGCCCUUCCAACAACCUGUGCAUCAGCAACAACGCAUGCAACUGCAGCAGCAACAGCAACAACAGCAGCUUGCACAACAGCAACAACAGAGUCCGCAGCACAUCUCAGCGCCGCAAUCACCGCAGAUAUCACAAACACCGCCCAUGCCCAACAAGCAACAGCAGCAGGCAGCACAGCAUCAGCAGCAGCAACAACAACAGCAAUCAUUUGUCCAACCCAUCGAUCCAACAGAUCCGGUGCAAGUGGCUCAAGUGCUCAGUCGUUCGACGCUAUCAAGCAAUCAGGAUUCGCUGAUAAUGCGGCAGCAGCAGCUGAAGCAACAGCAGUUACAGCAGCAGCAGCAGCAGCAACAACAGCAGCAGCAGCAACAAAUGCCGACACAACAACACACUCCUUCGCCACGACAAUCACCACUGCAUCAGCAACAAGCAACGCAACAGCAGCAACAACAACAGCAACAACCAGAGAGGCAAAUGCAAGCACAACAGCAACAGGCGCAACAAAUAUCACAACAAUUCGCCUCUGGACAACAGCAGCAGCAACAACAACAGCAACAAGUCAUCACUCAACGACACGUGAUAAACACUUCAACUGCACAGGGACAACAGAUAAUUCAGAGUCACAUGAUGAGCAUACAGCAACAACAGCAGAAGCAACAGCAAAUGUUGCAGUUGCAGCAGCAACAACAACAACAGCAGCAGCAACAACAACAGCAGCAGCAGCAACAUCAAAUGAUACCUCAGCAGCAGCAGCAACAGCAGGCACAACAGCAGCAAUUGCCACAACAACUGCAACCACAGCCGCAGCAGCAGCAACAACAACAAGUGCAGUUCACGCAACAGCAAAAUAUUGCGCUUGGCAGUGGUGGUCAAGUGCGUAUUAUACAACAAACGAUACAGCCACCGCAACAGCAGCAACAGUUGUCGGGGCAACAGUUUACGCAGCAGCCACAGCAGCAACAACAGCAGCAAGUGUUGACACAGCAGCCGCAGCAACAUCCACUGCAACAACAACAACAGCAACAACAACAACAACAACCACAGCAACCCAUGCAAACCAAAAAGUUUAUCAUAAGUCAGCAGCAGUUCAGCCAGCUCAGCGCACAGCAGCAACAGCAGAUUUUGGCACAGAAUCAGCAAAACCAAAAUGUGUUCAUAGUAAAUUCCACGAAUCUGUCGCAACAACAACAGCAGCAGCAGCAACAGCUUGUGCAGCAACGACAACUAUUGCAGCAACAACAGCAGCAGCAGCAACAACAACAACAAAUGCAGGCGCCACAACAGCAACAGCAAAUUGUGAUUAAUCAGCAAGUCAUCAGCGAUCCACAGCGCUUGCAAUAUUUACAGCAACAGCAAUUGCUACAGCAGAAACAGCAGCAGGCGCAGCAACAACAGCAACAACUUGUCGGACCACCACAGCAACAGCAGCAAAUACUUAUACAACAGCAACAGCCAGUGUCACAACAGCAACAGCAGCAACAGCCUCCUCAGCAGAUCAUGCAGCAAGUGCUUAUUAAGCAGCAGCAUCUACCACAGCGAACGCCACCGCCUCAAUCGCCACAGCAACAACAGCAACAGCAGUUGAUGUUGCAGCAGCAAUCGCCUCAGCAUCACACGCAACUGCAACAGCAGCAGCCGCAUUGGUCGCCGCAAAGUCCUGUGACAAAUCAGUUGGCGCCCACCACACCAGGCACGCCCACCACAAGCAUGGGAAUGCAAUCGCCCUUACCGGGCACACCCACUACGCCCCAGCAACAAGCGCCACAAUUUGCGCCACGUGGUCUGCGCCCACAGACACCAUGGUCCGCACAGCAGCAGCAGCAACAACAACAACAGCAAUCGCAACAGCCGCAGCAGCAGCAGCAACAACUAGUGCUACCACCGCCGCAGCAACAGCAGCAGCAGCGCCAACUGAUCCAAUUGGACGAGAAGAUGCAUGCGCACUUCAUGUCGCUGGAUGCGCACAAACGUGCCGAAUACAUAACGAAACUACAUCAGAGCAAGCCACGUGUCAUGCUGCGCCAGCAGGUGGCCUAUCAGCCGCGUCCCGGCGCACCGGGCAGCGUGGUGGCGACACGUGCACAGGGCCCAGUGCCGGUGCCGGGGCCAGGCACUUCGCACAUCAUUGUGCAGAGUCAAAUGCCAGGCGGACUCACGCAGCAGGAACAAAUGCUGUGGCUGCAGCAGCAGGGCACGCGUCAGGUGGUGGUGCGUGCUAGCGGAGCGCCCGGUCUAAGUCCGAUUACGCAGCAACAACAACAGCAGCAACCGCCGGGUAGUGCCCAGCAACAACAGCAACAACUACCUCAGCAACAGCAACAGUUCAAUCCCAAUGAUCCCAAUCAGCAAAUGUUGUUGCAGCGCCAACAGCUGCGCGUUCAGCAAAUACCCAUGCAAGCGGCGCCGGCGCCGCAGCUGGGCAAGCAGACGGUGCAGCUGAUACCCGGACCCAAUGGCCAGCUCAUCGAGCAGCAAACCAUUGUGCAGCAGCAGAGCCAACAGCAACAGCAGCAGCAGCCGCCUCCUACACUGGGUACGCCCAACACUCCUGGCGGUGCGCCAGGAGGCAAUAUAAUGACCCAGACAUUGGUCAUGUCAGCAACAGCUCCUGAUGGUCAGCAACAACAGCAACAGACACCACAGCAAAUGAACCUAAAGACGAAAACGGCGUUGGCCAAUAUGCUGAGCAAUCGCCUGGGCAACAAUGGACAACAGGCGCCGGCACAACAACAGCAACUUAUUUCCAUGAGCGAUGUACAGCAGCAACAGCAGCAACCACAUCAACAGCAGCAGCAGAUUGUGCAACAGGUUGUUGUCGGCGGCGGCACAACACAGCAGCAGCAACAAUUACUACUGCAACAGCAGCAGCAACAACAGCUAGUUGUGGCACAGCAGCAACAGUUGCCGUCUGGACCGCAGCAACAUGUGGAGACACCAUCUGCAGCUGGCACAUUGCGCAUGAUGGGACAACAGCAUAAUGCUGCUGUGGGCGUGCCCGGCCAGCCUCGCACACCGCAGGAGCUGCUGAUGCUGCAGCAACAACAGCAGCAACAACAACAGCAGCAGCAACAACAACAACAGCAAUUGCUGCAACAGCAUCCACAGCAAAUGCGACGCGUUGUUGGCGUGUCACAGCAACAGUUGCCGCAACAACAUCUCGUGCAACAACAAAUCGUGGUUGCACCGCCCAACAUGCAGCAACAACAGUUGCCAGUGGGCGUGCCCGUACAGGUAGCCGGAGGACCACCGCACGUCUACAUGCAGGUACGUCCCGGCCAACCGCCCAUUCCGAUGCCACCGCGGCCCCAGUUCUAUGGCCACAAUCCGAACCUGAAGCUGCCCCCCGAUCUGUUCCUGGUCGGCUGCACCUUCUACAUCGUGGAAUAUGACGAGACGGACAGCGAUGAGCUGCCCAUCUGGCUGGACACCAUUCGACAGUUUGGCGGGGACAUCGAACGCGUUUAUUGCGCCCGCGUCACCCACGUCAUCUGCCGCACCCAGCGCCAUGGCAUGGUAAUGCAGGCACUGCGCGAUGCCAAGCGCUGUGUGACCGCCUACUGGCUGAGCGAUAUCUGCCUGAAGCGACAGCUGACGCCACCCUGGCAGCCCCUGCAUCUGCCCUUCCCCAGUCAGUUUGGCUAUCGCAAGCCGCUGGAGCGCUACAUCAUCACAUCGGAGGGUUUCGAAGGCGAGGAGGUGGUGCGAUUGCAACAGAUGGCCGAGGAAUGUGGUGCCAUUUACACUUCCUAUCUAUCCAAGGUGAACACGCUCGUCGUCUGCAAGCAGCUAGAGGGCAACAAAUUCAAUGCGGCCAAAGAGUGGAAUAUUCCGAUGGUGAAUGCCCUCUGGCUGAGCGAUGUCUGUAUCGGCAAUCUGAGUGGUUUGACCCAGUACGAGAACCCCAAGUACCAGCAGUACAAUCUGGCCGCACCAUUCCGUAUUGAAUGCAAUUUGGUGCAGCAUUUGCUAGCCGCUUGGAAAGCGCCCAUUAAUUUGACCCAGGAAGCACAUGAACGCGUCAAGCGCCAUCUUUCCGAUCCGUAUGCUAACGAGCAGAAACUGAAACGCCAGAAAUUGUGCGUCUACCAGGAGCAUCUGCCCGAGCAAAUUGUUUGCAUUGAAUAUCCGCAGACAACCAAGCCGCCCAAGGUCAUCUUCUCACAGGUCGCCGAUGCGGAGGCGCUCAAGAAAGCUGUCGAACUUCUGGGCGGAAUUGUGGUGGACAGUCCGACGGAUGCAACACACUUGGUCAUGACACGCGAGAGCCGAACCUGCAAGUUGAUUCAGGCCUGUUGCCACGUUGACUACGUGCUCAAGUCCACCUGGCUGAUAGAUAGCGCAAAGGCCGGCAAAUUUGUGCCGCCUGACGAGUAUCGCAUUCGCCACAUACCCGUCGAUGAGAACUUGCAGUUCGAUUUGGAUGCCGUUCUGUGUGCGCCGACACGUUCCACACUGUUUGCGGGCAAAUACUUCUAUGUGACGCCGGAUGUAUUUCCGGCACGUGAUGAAAUCAUACGAAUGAUCGAAUCGUCUGGCGGCAAAGUGGAGCUCAAACGGCGCAGCGGUGCGGCUGUGGCUGAGGCGCAUGUGCAAGCGCCCGACUCAUAUAUAAUUGUUACCUGCCCAACGGAUAUGCACUUGUGCGCGGAUCUGACGCGUCAUGGCAAUCCCAAGUGUCAUAUUGUCUCCACGGAGUUUGUGAUGAGCUCCAUACUGCGACAGCAGCUGGAAAUCGAACCCAACUUGAUACCUUAUCUGUACAACAACAACAUUUCCAACAGCAGCAACAACAACAAAUCCUAGCGACAAGCUGUCUUCGUUUAUUUUCUGCUAACAGCUUGAUCCACAUCUGUACCCAAACAUCAUCAAUGAACCAACUUUUUCAUCGAGCCUGUGAGCUGUGAAUGCGAGUCUAGUCCGCUGAUUGCAUCAAUACUGAUGAAAAUUGGGCACGCAUCGUUUAGAUUUAUA